UUUGAUUCAACUAUGUCUGGGUGCCAAUCUGGUGAUCAAUCCUUCUGGCCCAACGCAAAGUCAACCUGCUGGUCCAGGGUUCGGGCUCACAUGCGAAGGGCACGGAGAGAAUGCAGAACUCUUUACAAGGAUGAAAUGGAUGGGUCCUAAAGGCGAAUUGAUGGAAGGAAUGACUGGACCUAUUGAAGUCUCAAAAGUGGGACAAGCUCUGUUAUUAAUGUUCAAAAAUCCCACAUUAGAAGACACUGGAACUUACAAUUGCAGCGCAGUGUACGACAACAUUGACAAGCAUGAUGCUUCUGUACAGAUCACUUUUUAUCAGGAUAUUACGUGGGAGGAUUGUGAGGAAAAACAAGCCCUUGUCAUUAACACUAACGGCAAAGUGCGGUGCAGGGUCUCUGCAAACCCGCCAGCCACAGUAACCUGGAGCAAGGAUAACCACCCCCUGGGAGAUGACCGACAUAUUGUUGAGAGUGAUGGAGUACGUGUUUCGGCUGUAACCCAAGAAGACAAAGGUCAGUUUGUUGUACGUGCCAUGGUGUCCCAGACUGGAAGAUUUCUAAACAGGCGCAUCAAAGUGGAAGUUCAUGAACCUCCAGAGAUUAUUGAACUGGAAGAAAAAAUGGAAGCUACUGAAGGUGAAGAAGCGACUUUAAGAUGUCAAGCUCAAGGGUUCCCAAGACCCACAUAUUCUUGGUUUGAUCCUAAGGAGCGAAAUGUGAGUACUGUGGAAGGACAUAUUGUAGAUGCAGAUACUGGAACACUAGUCAUCAGUCAAGUAAAACGUGAUCAAAAGGGAACAUACACUUGUCUUGCGAAAAAUCCAGCAGGAGAAGCAAAAAGAGGUCUUGAUCUGUCGGUUAUAGUAAAACCUGAAGUAAAAUCUUUUGAGAAUAAAACUACAGUAAAAGAUCAGCCUGUUACGCUUGAGUGCCGUGCUGCUGGUGAUCCUCUACCUGAACUCAGCAUUCGUAAACAAGGCAGAGACAGGCCUUUUGAUGAUGAGGAUGAUGGAGUGCAGUUAAGUCGACGACAGGAAGCUGGUGAAGCUGUUUUGGUUUUCACCAUUGCUGAGGCAACACGAGAACAUGAUGGACUAUAUUAUUGUACUGCAGAGAAUAGAGGAGCACAUGUUGAAAGAGUAGGCCACAUAACUGUUGAGUUUUCUCCUGAUAUGUCAUCUACUCCUAAAUAUUCAGUGAAAACAUGGGAGGGUAAUCCUGUGAACUUGAGCUGCAUUGCUGAAGCUAUUCCCAAUGCUACCAUAUCCUGGUCUUUCCAGGAACAGAAAAUUAUAGAAGGUGAUACUUACACAAUCUAUGGUAGAACAGCUCACAGUAAUUUGCUUGUGCGGCCCAAUGCUGAAGGUGGAGGCCGAGGUGGCCAAAAUGUAUAUGGAACAUACAAAUGUCAAGCGGAAAACCCUCAUGGAACUCAGUACACCCAUAUUGAAUUACAGGAAGCCCGAAAACCAACAGAUGUACGUGGAGUUCAAGUAGUUAAAGAAACCGCAACAACUAUGACCUUCAAUUUUGAUCCACCGGCUAAUGAUGGAGGCUUGCCUAUUUUGGGAUAUGUUGUCAAAUAUCAUGCUGAAAAUGAACCGUAUGAAGAAGCAGUUGUAUCUGACUGGAGUGAAGGUUCUCCUUACGUAUUGUCAAAUCUGCGACCUAGCACAACUUACCUGUUCCAGUUUGCAGCACGAAAUCAGGCAGGAGUUGGGGAAUGGAAUGAUGAGCGUCGUCUUUCAACGCGAGCAGAAUCUGCUCCGGAGGCACCCAAAUUUAUCACUCCUGGUGGAGCGAAUGUUAGUGCCUAUCCUGAUAAAUUUGUAGUGAGGUGGACUGUUCCUUUGGAUAAUGGAAGGAAAAUUGAUUACUUUGAACUGAGAUAUUUUGAAGCUGAAAAAAGAAAAGAACAGCCUUGGCGGCGAAUAGGUGAAGUUGUUUCUCAAAAAAUUUAUGAUAUGGAUAGACCCUCCUAUGAAAUGACAGGAUUAAAAGGAAAUUCCUUCUACAAAGUGGAAGUACGAGCGCACAAUGAUAUUGGAUUCAGUCAGGAUGCGACUAUGGUCUUCCAGACUGCCUCAGGCUCAGAUUUAGAUCCUUCAAGUGGCAGUCAUCAUGGAUAUGCAGCGGAUGGUGGUUCAUCCCUCUCUACCGGCGCAGUUCUGGCUAUAGUUGUUGCAAUUCUCCUUGUCAUUCUCAUUGUCAUUGAUGUUGUCUGUUACGUGCGAUGGGAGUGGGGUGUUGUUCAUUUCCUCAGAAGCAGAGUCUGUGCAAAACCAACUGGAGCCUCUGAUGAAAAAGCAAAAGAAGCUGCAUUUGAAGAUGCAUCGAAAGGGAAAGUAGACAACUUUGAAAAGAAGACUCGAACAGAAGUCGACAACCCUGCUUUCGACCAAGAGAAGGAACCACUGAAGGCGAGAACAGAUGCUGAAGAAGUGGUGAGCGAAGACACUCCCAUGAUCUGUGCCAAAGAUGGGAAAGGCACUAUCGAUGACACUAAAGAUUUGAAAGGUUCUCAAUCAAGCGUUGCCAAAGACAGCCUGGUGUAGUCACACCAGACAAAGGAUAUCAGGACGGUUUACCGUCACAUCCGUCUGCCCCACUUUGGGGUGGACACCAUCAUGAGGGAGGAGAAAUCUUAUUUGGGGAAAACUGAAGUGUUCAAGAGACUGAUUUUCGCAGUUUUGUCUCAUUUGCCUGUGUACUGUUUGUAUAUACAUACAAUGACUGCAGCUGUAUUUACGUAAGCACACAGUGGGACCUCUUUUGAUGGAUCUCUCCAUUACAGCAAAUUAUUUUUCUCGAGCUAUCACGAAAUUCGAGAUGACCGCUCUCGGUCCGUGGUCCCUUAGAAAGAGGUACCACUGGAUGUACAAAUUACAUGUACAUUUAUUACUCAUUUGGAAAAAAGUAACUUGGCACAAAAGACUGCUUUCAGAAAUAUUUUCAAAGAGAAGCACUUGAAUUAAGCAAACCUAAUGAUAUUUGCUAUACCAUUCAAAGUUACACUAGUGCUAUCUGGCAGCUAUUUAUGCAGUUCCACUUGCAGCAUGAAAAUUGGUUUUUUCUUUUCCCUUGCAGUAUGUCUGUAUAAAAGUAAUAAAGUGUCAACUUGACAUGACGCUUCAAAUGAGCGAUCAAAUUUGUGUGUAUACUUAUGCAGUGAAACUCUGAUUUUGCAUUCCUUCCAUUCUCUUUAAUGUCAAAUCUCUUUUACAGGUAUUUUACAGGUAAUCUUUUGAUUUUAUGUGUGAUACAUUUCUAUUGCAACAUGUUUGCUUUUUGUCAAAAGUGAAGCACAUAUUUUUAGUUCUUAAUGGAGCUUAAAAAAAAUAAAAAGAGGAGAAAAUACGUUCUGAAAUUUUUCAAUUGUAUGCUAUUGAAAACUUCUUGUUGAUCUGAAUCUAAAAAAUAUGUUAGUUAGUUUAACUAAAUUAUAAAAUUGUUAAAGGCACAUUUUAAUUAUAGGUUUUUUAUUUAUAUGCAAGCAAAACUACUUUAUUAUGCUUCUCAGGAAAAACAAAAUCAUUGUUAACACAAUUUUAUACCUUUUAAAAAUGUAUUUUCUUGAAUAUUUAAGAUGGAUCACUUCUUUUGUUUCAAAUAUACAUUCCCUUUUCUGAAAAAAAAAAAAAAAAAAAAAUAAGAAGAAUAAUUUGCAUUCAUUUAGUUUUAUCAUUGAAAAAAAAUUCAAGUUACUCUUUCACUGUGUAAGUAUUUAUGCAACAGCAUCUUGUUUAUUUGACCACAUAAUAUUUUUUAAAAAUUCUUCUGAAAAAUAUACAUUGUAAAGAAACUGCAAACGCACAUUGUGAUUGAAAAAAGUGCUCUGAAUAAUAAACUAUGCCUUUUUUAAUGAGCAUGCACAGCUGGUUAUUAUUGGUAGUUUUAAAUUUCUACCAAAUAAUUUUAUUGACAAAAAAUUGUUUUUUGGUUAAAUGAUCAAGAUAUGAUAAACACAGCGUAUAAAAUAUACUAUAAGUCUCAGAAAGAAAAAAAAAUAAGACUUUAGUAACCCACUAAUGGAUAUAUUCGAUAAAUCUUCUAGGCUGCGAGUUCACAAAUACAGUUAUAAAAUUUCGUUAAAUUUCAAUAUGUGUUCCUUGGUGCUUAAGAUUAAUUAAGUAGUUUUGUGCUUACUUGGUUCCUUAACUGACAAUUGAAAGGCUCACCUAUAUUCCAAAAAAAUAUUAAAGUGGAAAGAUGGGAAAGAGAAGUAAGCUCAGAGCUGAAAGUAAGUUUAUUUAACAUUUCCAAAAUAAACUCGGUUUGAGCAGUGUUAAUUUAUAAAAAAAUUUCAAGUGUGUGUAUUAAAUAUUAAAUGUAUUAGUAUUCCAUUGUAUUAAAAAACUCAUUUAUUAUCAGCUCUUUGAAAAUGAUUCGAAAAUGCAAAUUUAUGCUUAAAAUUGAAAAAAAAAAUGAAAAUGCAUUAAAUUGUUUUUAUCCUCCAAAAUGGCAAGAGACAAUGUAUUGUUGAAUCUUCCAACGACGUGCUGAAGAAAUGCCUUGAAGAUUUCUCAAAUGUGCCCUGUGAUCUGAUUUUCUAUGCUUAUGGAGGCAAGCAAUCUCAUUAGGAACAGACUGAACUUUCUCUCUUAUUAAAAGACUGAUUCUGCAGUGUAUCGUUUCUCCCUCGUGUGUAUGUGUGUGUCUGUGUCCAUCUGCUUUUUUUCUGCAUUCCAAGAGAUCUUUGGAAAUCAUCAGAGCAAAACAACGACAUUUCCAACAUUGUGCUUUCAUGGUUUGAAAGUAACAUUCGAGAUUAUACCAUUCCUCUCUCAGUGUUUGACGAGUCAUUCCAUUGAUCUGUUCCCCCCUCUUGUUCUGCAUUUUAUUUCAUUAUGUAUGUGUGUGUGUAUGAAUAUACUCAUAAAAUCCCUAUUGUGGAAGAACGAUUAGUUAUUAAUUUUAAAUUCUGACAAAUUUAAAUUCACGAAAACAUUUAGUGAGUAAAACUGAAUUUAUUUUUUUAUUACAAUCAUCAUCCAUCAUUGCAUAUUUUUUCAUUUUGAUUACAAAAUCAAUUCGGUUGUUAGUGUGUUUGACCACAAACGCUUAUGAGUAGUAAGAUUUGUUGCGAUUAGGAAUAAGAGAUGAUUAGGUAAUCCAUGGCUUUAAAGCCCACCGCUUUGGAUUUCAUCACAAUAAAUGUUUUGCUUGAAUUAGCUUAAAUAAAUGUUCAUCAUAAUAAAAGACAAUUUACUUUUGAGGUAAAGCUAAAGUAUUUUUAAAUUUUGCUUAGAAUAGUUUUCAAUGCACUAAUGUUAAAUGCCUCAGCCACGAAAGUGCCAUUGAAGUCGCAAUGAAAUAUAUUUUUAGGUGAUUUUAUAAAGAUUUUUAAUCUCUUACAAAACAUUUUUGAGUAACUAGACUUUACUAACUAGUUUAACCUCGGAUAUAUUUCUCAACAAAAUAUAAGUGUCUAGGGAUUAUUAAUUUUCUUUUACUAUAUUUUAACAUAAAUAUUUGAAGCUUUCACCAUUAUUGCAUUAUUUAAUCUGAAACUGUUAUUUGACAAACUUCCAAUGGGGAUUUUAUGCUUAUUCAUUUUGGCAUUCCAAUCUCGAUAUAACCUUUCUUCAGGCAGUCAUGUUGUCCAUUAAAAGUUUUUCAGACAUGUUGAUAUUCCAUAGACGUUUGAGCAAUAUUCUAUAGGUUUUUUGAUUAUGCAAAUGUUGCAAAAUGAUGAGAGUAAUUUUUUACAGUAAAUGAUGUAGAGAAUGAAGUAAAAAUAUCAAAAUGGUAGAGACAAAUGAAAAUAAUAAAAGAAAUGGUCUCCCACUUGAUUAUUUUGUGUACAGUAUUUAACCUUUUGCCCUUAAUUUAAACGUAUUACAUAAUUAAAGAAUAAAUGCAUAGUGGCUUAACUUAUUUUGCUAUCACUUGGGACUGCAAGUGCUUUUUUUAUAUUGGUCAUCCAUGUGUCAUUAUAUCGAGGUUGUGUAUGUAUACAUAUAUGCAUUGUAUGUACAUUAUUUUUCAUCCUUGUUAAUUGUCUUGUUCAAUUUUCAUUUGUGAUUUUUACUAUUUUGAGAAAUAUAUAUAUAUAUAUUUCUGUGUAAAUGUUUAUUCUGUGCAAGAAAUUUUAUGAAUGGUGUUUCAAAAUGAAGUUUGAGAACCAAGCUCUCAUUUUUUAUGGAGGAAGAAGAAUCAUCAAAUUUAGUAUUUCAGUGUAUUGCAUUUCAGUUUUAGACUCAAGUCGAUGAAAAGAAUUCAGUGAUUUACUUAAUCUAUCAUUUCUUAAAAUUAAUUUUCUAUCAAUUGAUAAGGUAUCAUCAUCGCGUAUUGUUGUAAAAUACAUCUGUCAUUUAGUUGUCUCAGAUUUCAAAUAUUGACUUUCAAUACUGUAACAGCAGAAGUGUGCUUUUACUGCCACCUCUUGGCGAGGUUCGAUGAUGUUGCAUGCAUGAUUGAAGAAUAAAAUCUUGUU